AUGGUCCAUUCGGAUUCGGCCCAACCGACCGACAGGUCAGGAUCGACUGUCCAUCCACCUGAGUUACACGGAGCCAGCAAACCAACGGCUUCGGGUGACAAUGAAAUUGGUGCAGCUUCUUCUAUAAUCCCUGGCAAAGGGAGUUUCCAGACUCCUCCGCUAUAUAUCGGUCAAUAUCCAACAGGUCCACUGCACGAUGCAACUGUGCAUCACUCCUUCCCACAUCAUCCCGUACCGUCGCUUCACAUUCGCACCGAUCUGUCCAACGCCAGCCAGAUGAGUCCUCCGAGGGAACCGGAUUCGCUUGUGCACCACAGUAUCUCGUCCAGCAGCUUGCCCCGUCGCACCCCAAGCCUUCGGGGUCUGUUCGCCGGCCCUCCCACCAGCGGGGGUUCUCUGUCUCCUGCCUCCCUCAUAUCCUCCCCCCAGCUCAUGGCCAUGGGAGACAUCACCCCCUUGCCAUCGCCAAUCGGCGGUAUGUCGCCAUGGAAACUUCCCCGGCGCAACUCUCAAUCCUUGUCGCGGACACCCUCGACGGCUUCUCGAAGCGGCUCUAGCCUCGGUUUGCGACUCAGCGACUCAUCACAAAUGUUCGGCCCUUGCGAAGCCCGACCACGAAGCAAGCAGUACAUGAUCCCGGAUAAGCUGUCGGAAACACCGAUCGAGUCCCCGACAAAACCUCACCAAGGAUCCGGUUCGAAACAUGCGCGCAACCGCAGCCUCAGUGAAUACGUACCCCCCGGUCGGGCCGUUCCCGUCAAGCCGCGACCCAUCGCGGUCUCCGGAACAGGUGUGCCACCGGGGAUCACUUCAUCUUCCAGCACCGACUCGAGCAACAACUUACACCGGGAAGAGUAUCUGGCGAUCCAUCGUGGGAUUGCAUUACCAACGAUUCGGCCCCCGACGCCCCCACGCAGCAGCCGCAGUGGAUAUGACGACAGCGAUAACGAACCCGUCAUUUCGCCCUUGACAAGUGGUCCAGACGAGGUAUACUCGGUGCGCUCGGUACGCACGCAGCAGCGUCGCAAAUAUCGCAAGCUGCGGCAGCUCGGUCAUGGAACCUUCAGUCAGGUCUGCCUUGCUGCACGCAUAGAACGACGGGAAAGUGACGAUAACAGCACCAUUUCCAGUCUUCAAGACGUGAACUUGGCUACCCAGAAGCUAGUUGCCGUCAAGAUCAUCGAGUACGGACCGGCUGGUGGUGCGGAUGAGGAGCGCCUCGAGGUCUCGCUCAAGCGCGAGGUCGAAAUCCUCAAAUCGGUCAAUCACCCGUCACUGGUACAGCUGAAAGCAUUUGGUAGCGACGACAAACGCGCCCUGUUGGUUUUGGAUUACUGCCCCGGGGGAGACCUUUUUGAUGUGGCCUCAUCGAGUCCACGGCCAAUGAGCCCGCAGGCCAUUCGUCGUAUUUUUACCGAAUUGGUGGCGGCUGUACGCUACCUUCACGCAAACUUUAUCGUCCACCGGGAUAUCAAACUUGAGAACGUCCUUGUGAACCUCCCGAUGCAAUCGAUGGAAACCAUCACGGAUUGGCGCACCUACGACCGAGCGGUCAUCACCCUCAGCGACCUGGGCCUGUCCCGACGAAUACCCGAGCCUCCCGAAAGCCCCCUCCUCCAUACCCGUUGCGGAAGCGAAGACUACGCGGCCCCUGAGAUCCUGAUGGGACAACCCUACGACGGACGCUCCACGGAUGCCUGGGCGCUGGGUGUGUUGCUGUACGCCAUGAUGGAGAACCGGCUCCCCUUUGACGCAUUACCCGGCACCCGAGGCGAUCCCGCCAAACUCCGAGCGCGGACGCCCCACCGCAUCGCACGAGUCGAGUGGUCCUGGUACCGCUACGCCGAUAGCGACGGCGAAUGGGACCCCGAGAAGGGCAAGGAGUUGGAGGGUGCGCGCGAGUGCGUGGAGGGACUACUGAAACGGAGUACGAAACGGAAAAGCCUGGACGAGAUCGCAUCGAUGGACUGGAUUAAGGGGGCGAUCGACGUACCCGGCGAACUCAAGAGGGGGGACAAGGAAGUGCCGUAG